UAAUCCGGACGGCUCACCCUGACAUUGGAUAUUGGACAGUCGGAGCACACAUUCACAUCAAUAUUCCAGCGAUAAUGCUAAAGUAAUCCCCCCGUAAUUCAUUCCCCUACCUCCCCCUCCCUCCUUUUCCCAACCCCUGCUUCUUCUAAGAAGACGACGCACAGAGAGAGAGAGAGACAGAGCCACAAACCCACGAGUUCAUGGCUGCUUCGCCGGUCAACGCGAACUAAAACAAUUCAUAAAAACAAAACGAAAAGAUAAAAACUUUAGUCUUGAAAUAUACCCCCACUUGUCUUUAAAGAAAAUCCUUGCACAGUUCGAUCCGAAAACCAAAGGAAACCGAGAAAGGGGAAAAAAAAUAGGGAUAAUAAUAGGAACAGAGAUCACUUUGUUCUGCCCUCCCUUACCCAUCCCCAAAAAUCCAGUUCAGCUUUUUCCUUCUUCUCAGAUCUGUGUGCUUCUUUCGUUUUGUCCGAAUGGGGAUUUCGAUGAUUCGUCUCUCGGAUGUAUGUACGCACGUUUUCUUACGUUAGCUCCUUUGUCAGGCACGGUUUAUUGUCUUCGAGGUACGACCUCGUCUUAGUCCAGAUCCGGUGAUGCAAAAGCUCACGAUUCCGAUCUCCGAAAUCGCUCAAAAAAUACGAUAGAUUACCCAUUUGGAGCUGAACCUUGUUUUCUUUUCUAUCGAAUAUAACUCAUCGGCAUCGCGACGACGAUGGCGACGAUGGAUUUAGAUGAUUUCCGGGAAGUUCUGGAGAGCUGUGGGGUUGACGUGUGGACGUUCAUAGACACUGCCAUAACGGUGGCGUCUUCGGACUACGGCGACGAGCUCAAGCACCGUAGGGACGGGAUCGUGGAACGGCUUUACGCGGCGACCUCGCCGGGGCAGCCUCGGUGCCGAAACUGCGACGACGUAGACAACCUGCGGCCUAAUAAUCGUCGCGAGGCGAAGGCUCCGGCGGGGAAGGAUAGUAGCGGCCACGAAGGGAAAGGAGGGUCACCGAUGACGCCGCAGUCCGUAGAAGGCGAGGACGUCGGAGAUUUGGAUCCCUACGGUGGUUUGUUCGAUGACGAGCAGGCAAAAAUUCUGGAAAUUAAGGAGCACCUCGAAGAUCCUGACCAGUCUGAUGAUUCUUUGGUUGAAUUGCUUCAAAGUCUAGCAGACAUGGAUAUAACAUUUCAGGCACUCAAGGAGACUGAUAUAGGAAGGCAUGUGAAUCGAUUGCGAAAGCAUUCAUCAAGCGAUGUCCGGAGAUUGGUGAAGCUUUUAGUCAGGAAGUGGAAGGAUAUUGUGGAUGAAUGGGUGAAGUUGAAUCAACCUGGGGAACAGACUUCCUCUGCUCUAAUGGAGGAUGGUGAAUCGCCCCUGAGGAAAAUUCCCCAAAAUAGUCAUCACCAGGUUCCUGAUUUUGGAUACUCCCCCAAUCCACACAAUGGGAGUUCUGGGUCAGACAAGAAUAACUCGGAAUCAGAGCCUAAGCCGAAAGUGAUUCCUCGGAAGGAAGCUCCUCUUAGACCAGCCCAAUCCACAACUCUAUCUGCGUCUGCACAUCAAAAUAGACAAAGGGAGCAAAAGGAUUUUGACUCAGAAAGACUGGCUUCAGCAAGAAAACGGCUUCAAGAGAAUUACAAAGAAGCUCAAAAUGCUAAAAAGCAAAGAACGAUUCAAGUGAUGGACAUCCAUGAGAUUCCAAAACCCAAGAAUACCUUCUUUGCAAAGAACAGAGGUGGAGGUGGUGGUUCUCACGGGAGGCGCUGGUGACUGUAUAUGUCAUACUUGUAUUUACAAUGGAGUACCUGAGGCAGAGGCCAGGAAGUUCCAAAACUGGUGUUGGUCUCUCGUCUGUUUUUUGAACUUAAAGAAACAAAAGCAAGAACACUUUUCUUCAAUUACUUAAUCCAUGACAAAAGAACAAAUUGCAUA